AGCUGUUAAUAAAAGUUAUGGAAUACAGACUUACUAAGCAUGUCGGGCUGGCUGUCAACCUAAAACGAAUCGACCAACCAACCAGCCAAUGUUAUGAACAAAAAUCCCACCGUUAAAUGGCUCUGAUGUUGUAUUCCCAUUCAUCAGUCAGUUAUUUGUACUUAGGCCUGAGAGUAGUAGCAGCAAGUUAACGCGGAUACGGAUAGGCAGCUAGUUUGAAACAAAAAACUUAAAUUUAGCAGCGGCUAAAAUCAAUAGCUCGGGCAGCAGCAGUAGCAGCUCACCACAAGCUCUAAAUAAAACACAGGUCAAUGUGUGAAGCGAACAGAAAAAACUUUGCUAUUCUAGACGUGUAGAGCGUGAUUAACAACCGAGCAAGUGAAAUCGAACGAAGAAGAAGAACAUUAAGGAAAAAGUAGAAAAAAAAUAAAACUCCUUCGAAAUAAAAGUUAAUCUAAAAUCCCACUCGUGUCUAUUAAAUUAACAUAAAAUUGUUAAUUUGGUUGUUUGUUAACUCAUGCCAAAGUGAAACAUUUGUAGCAUAAUCAACAGCUAAGAAUUCCACAAUUCCAAACACAUCCGUAUAUCUAUCUACCUAUCUAUCCAACAAAAAGACUUCCGUAAGGUUAACAGACAAACAAAAAAAAAAAGAAAAUAAUAAAAGACUUGCGUUUUAAGUAUACCAAAGAUUUAUUUAUUUUAAAUGUAAACGUUGUUCCGUUAAAAAAAUAACUUCGUCUUUAAAAAAAAUAAAAGAAAUACAAAACUUGCAGAGAAAGUGUAUCCAUUAAAUUCCUGGAAAUUCUAUAAGAAAUUAAUCAGAAAUUUACAACAAUAACAACAGCAAGUAUCUAUACAAUUUGCCACCCACGCACACAUUCGUUAAGGAUUAAGGAAGCGAGAAGAUAAACGUCAGCGACGACAUAGAAAAAUAAAGCAACAAUUUUUGCUUAAAACCCGCCACUACCCCCAUCACAAAAUUAAAUAGAGAGGGUGUUUAUGCCACCCAAAUAAAGCCCUCUAUUGUGAAUUGCCUUCUAACGGCGAUAAGAAAUAUUAAUAACUCACAACAAACACAGCAACAACAACAAGAUUAGUAGACGACGUAAACCCCAGUUGAAACACGUCAAACCAACCCACACAAAUAUCACACAAGUGUAACAGCUGUUACUCUCCCCCAUAUACGCACUUUCUCUCAAUCGUGCUCUCUCGCGCUCCCCCACACUAGAGGGUUUUUGCAAUACUUGGCAAAAAGGAAAACGAAAAAAGUAGAAGAAGAAGCAGCACUCCACAAAGCCACACAAUGUUGACAUUCAAUUCAACGAGACACCUACAUUCGGCGUCAUCCACGACGACGACGUCUCGUCGUCGUCAUCAUCAUCAUCUUCGUUAUUCAUUUGCAUUAUGCUGUUUUCUUGUUGUUGUGAUUAUUGGCAUACCAAGUUUAUGUCAAGGUUAUAUUAUUAAAGAAGAUGAAAGUUUUCUCCAGCAACCCUACUAUGCCUCACAGGGUGAUAUUGAGGAUCUAUUUGCCCGUUUGGCCAAGCAAUUUCCGGAAAAUGCCCAGGUCGAAACAAUUGGUCGCAGUUUGGAGGGAAGAUCUUUGGUAUUGCUACGCAUUGGCCGGAAUAUGCGUCAACGUAAUCUGCUGACACCCAUGGUCAAAUACAUUGGCAAUAUGCAUGGUGACGAAACAAUUGGCCGCCAGAUGUUGGUCUAUUUGGCACAGUAUCUGCUGUAUAACUAUCAAACGAAUUUCGAUGUUGCCGAAUUGGUGAACACAACGGAUAUUUAUUUGAUGCCAACCAUGAAUCCGGAUGGUUUUGAAAGGUCACAGGAAGGUAAUUGUGAAUCUUUGCCCCAUUAUAUUGGUCGCACCAAUGCCGCUGGUGUUGAUUUAAAUCGUGAUUUUCCUGAUCGCUUGGAUUCCCAACAACAAAUACAACAAAAAUCGCUGAAUCGCCAACCGGAAACUGCAGCCAUCAUUGAAUGGGUAUUGAAUAAACCAUUUGUUUUGUCGGCCAAUUUCCAUGGCGGUGCUGUGGUAGCCAGCUAUCCAUACGACAAUUCAUUGGCCCAUCAUGAAUGCUGCGAAGAUAGUUUGACCCCCGAUGACCGGGUCUUCAAGCUAAUGGCCCACACCUAUGCCAACAAUCAUCCGAUUAUGCGCAAGGGUAAUAAUUGCAAUGACACGUUUACGGAUGGCGUUACCAAUGGUGCCCAUUGGUAUGAGUUGAACGGUGGCAUGCAAGAUUUCAACUAUGCCUUUAGCAAUUGUUUCGAACUAACCAUUGAGCUGUCCUGCUGCAAAUAUCCACCCGCCAAGACGUUGCCCGGCGAAUGGCAGCGCAACAAACAAAGUCUGUUGCAACUCCUCAAAUUGGCCCAUAUCGGAGUGAAAGGUGUGGUUAAAGAUGUCAACGGUUAUCCCAUACAUGAUGCAACAAUUGUGGUUUCCGGUUUGGAGGAGAAGCCCAUACGUACGACACGGCGCGGCGAAUACUGGCGUCUGUUGACACCAGGAAUCUAUAACAUCCAAGCAUUGGCUUUCGGCUACCAGGCCAGUGCACCGCAACAGAUUCAUGUAACGAACGACAAAAAUGUGGCUCAACGUUUGGACUUUACCUUGUCGCCGAUUGAGACCAACUAUGAUGGUGAUUUUCGCAAGCUGAAAGUUAUUCGUGCCGAUAAUGCGGAAAAUAUUGAGAAAAAUGGCGGCUUUUUAACGCCAACCAAAUUUGAACAUCAUAAUUUUACUGCCAUGGAAAAAUUCCUACGUGACAUAGCCGAUUCAUAUCCGUCCAUAACAAGACUGUAUUCCAUUGGUAAAUCCGUCCAAAAUCGUGAUCUAUGGGUUAUGGAAAUUUUCGCCACUCCGGGACAACAUGUGCCCGGAGUACCAGAAUUCAAAUAUGUUGCCAAUAUGCAUGGCAAUGAAGUGGUGGGCAAAGAAAUGUUGCUCCUGCUCACGAAAUACAUUUGCGAACGUUACAAUUUCGAUAAUCGCAUAACAAAAAUGGUCAACACGACUCGCAUGCAUUUCCUGUACUCCAUGAACCCCGAUGGCUAUGAGAUGUCCAAAGAAGGUGAUAAAUCAAGUGCUUUGGGUCGUGCCAAUGCCCAUAAUGUGGAUUUAAAUCGUAAUUUCCCCGAUCAAUAUGGUACGGAUAAAUAUAAUAAGGUGACGGAACCCGAAGUGGCCGCUGUAAUGAAUUGGACCUUGUCCAUUCCCUUUGUGUUGUCGGCCAAUUUGCAUGGUGGCUCCUUGGUGGCCAAUUAUCCAUUUGAUGACAAUGAAAAUGAUUUCAAUGAUCCCAUGACAAGGUUGCGCAUGGCCAAUGGGGCCCAUAAACUGAAUCCCACAGAGGAUAAUGCCUUGUUCCAACAUUUGGCCAAAUUGUAUGCCGAUGCCCAUCCCACAAUGCAUUUGGGCAACCCUUGUCCGCUCUUCAAGAAUGAGCAUUUCCCUGGCGGCAUUACAAAUGGCGCCCAAUGGUACAGUGUCACGGGUGGCAUGCAGGAUUGGAAUUACAUUAAGGCUGGAGUUAUGGAAUUGACAUUGGAAUUGGGUUGUGAUAAAUUCCCCAUGGCCGAGGAAUUGCCAAAAUUCUGGCAUGAUAAUCGAGAACCUUUGCUGCUGUUCAUCGAGCAGAUACACAAUGGCAUACGGGGCUCCAUAAGGAGUUCAAUUGGUCACCCUGUGGCAGGGGCUGCCAUAAUGUUGGAUGAUGCCAAGCAUGCCACCUACAGUGGUGUGUAUGGAGAUUAUGUGAAAUUGGCGUUGCCAGGGGUACACAAUGUUACCAUAUUGGCGGAUGGCUUCUCACCCCAACGUGAGUUGGUGGAGGUGCCGGCCAAGGGCCAAAUCCAUUUAGACAUAACCCUAAUGCGUGACGAUCCCCAACACUGGGCCUCGGCCAAUGAUUAUCGCAUCAUUGAGAAUGUCGUCCACACUCGUUAUCAUUCUAAUGCCGAACUGAGAGCCACCUUGGCCGAAUUUGAGGCACGCAAUGGCCAAAUAGCCACCUUUGGUUAUGCUGAAUCGGAAUUUGGUUUCUAUUAUAAUUCCAUAAAGCUAACAGCUGAUAUCGGUGCUCCCGAAGAAAGUAAAUACAAAAUUCUUAUAAUGAGUUCCUUUUUCGAUUCGGCCUCACCGCUGGGUCGUGAAAUUUCGAUGAAUUUAAUUCGUCACGUCAUUGAGGGCUAUAAAUUGCGAGAACCCUUGAUUUUGAAGCUGUUGCAGACAAGUGUUUUAUAUUUCCUGCCCAUAACGGAAAAUUUCGAUGCCGUCUUUAAGCUAUACAAUAAUAACAAUACCAUUUGUGAUCCUGUCAUUGGCAAUGAGUUGGGAGAACGCAUUUUAAGUCCGGAAUCGGAAAAGAGAAGAGAUUUGCUGUUGACAUUUUUGGAAAAUCAAAGAUUUGAUUUAAUGCUCACCUUCAGUACAGGCUCCUCCGAGUUGUAUUAUCCCAAGGGCGAACAAAUCUAUGAGAAAUUUGCUCACAAUAUUGAAAAUACCGAAUUCAAUUAUUCUCCCCUACAAUGUGCCGCCACAUCGACCCAUACCCUGCGCCAUGACAUUACCGAACGCCUGACGAAUUUAUUCUAUAAAAUGUAUAAUAUACCCAUGUUCACACUAGGCCUGUCAUGCUGUAGUAUGCCCGUGCAGAAGGACAUCACUUCGGUGUGGCGUAAAAAUAUUGAAAAGCUAAAGAAUUUCUUGCAUUUGGUCGAUACGGGAGCGGCAGGUUUUGUACACAAUCGCGAGGAUCAGCCGCUGAGGGAGGCCUUUAUACGGAUAAUUGAACAUCAGCCGGUGUAUAAUGUUAGUCGAAAUGCAGCCCACUUCCAGUUGAUAUUGCCCGAGGGUCUCUAUGCCCUGGAAGUGAGUGCUCCCAACUAUGAAUCGCAAGUGGUUAAGGCCGAGGUGAAACAUGGAAAAAUUAACAAUUUGGGUAUCAUAAAACUAAAUCCCUACACCCUGAUUAUGGGUCACAGUGAAAUCCAGCCAUUGGGUAGAUUGGGAAAUGAUUUGGACACAACAAUGAUAUCAGGUUUUGUGCUGGACAUGUCCAAUCAUCCCAUAAAACAUGCCAAGGUAUCGGUGAUCAAACCGAUUGUGAAAUAUUUUGUAAAGAAUUUCACCGACAGCAUGGGUAGUUAUAUUUUGAAAAAUGUUCCCUUGGGAGAGAUAACCCUGAAGGUGGAGGCGCCACGUUAUAUGGAAACGGUGCGCCUGGUUAAUGUCAUCUCUGCGAAUAAAGAGGUGAAAAAUGUGGUCUUCCGUUUGACUCGCAACGAACAUGUCAUGGGUAUGCCAAGAUUUGUGUUUAUCCUGCUGGCCAGUUUGGUGAUUAUUACGGCUGUGGUUAUGUGCAUUCUUUGCACCCAGUGUUUAUUGGCCCGACGCCGACGUACCGAUAAGCCUUAUUACAAUUUCUCUCUACUGCCACAAAAGGGUAAAGAACUUUUCGAAGACGAUGGCGAUGAUGGGGAAACGGAGCUGUUUAGAUCACCCAUUAAGAAGGGCAUGACCAUUAAACCCUAUUUUGAUGAUGACGAUGAUGACACAAAACGUAUCAUCCAUUCCGAUGAUGAUGAGGAGGAGGAGGAUAUCCAUUCGGGUAUUGGCAUAGAUCCCGAUGACAGUGGCGAAGAAAUUGUUAUGCUGGACAAGGCUCUCAAUCAUCGGCAUCAUUAGCCGCCACAAAAUUGAUAACCGAACUGUGAUUUUGGUAUGCUAAAAGGUAUUCAACAUUUUUGAUUAGGAAAAUAGGGAAGAAGUGGCGAAUGGAAAGCAGAGGAGUGUAGAUUUUAAAUUGAAAUAGUGCCUGGCUAUGAGGAAAUGUCAUUAUCGGAGAACAUCUAUAACAUUUUUACUUAAAAAAGGUAUUGAGACCCAUGUAAACCUAGCCUUAGGGAUUAGCAAGGUUAUUGUGAAUAAUAUUUUUAUCGAUAAUAUCGAUUAUGGCAGGAAUGUAAUCAAAUUAGACUAUUGUGAUUGAAACCAAAGCAUACAUUGUUGUUGAUGUUAUUACGCUAUUAAUUCACAAUUGCUUGCAUUUUGGAAUGGUAGAAGAAUACAGGUAGUCGCAUCGACACAGUUUCUGGGACAAUUAACUGUCAAACCAAUUUUCGAAUUGAAAAUUUUCAAUAAAAAAUUAUUGAAAUUUGUAAAAUCUUUUAAAAAAUGAAUAUAAUAAUAACCUACGAUUGGCUUCGUAUAAGAAAAAUAUAAAAAUCUAACUAUUUUUUGACAAAAAAAUUUUAAAAAUUUACAUAGCAAUGUUCCCAAGCUUUGCUGCAUCUGCCUAUAAUCUUUAUCAUGAUUACUACUUAAAAAAUUCCAUUGAGGCCCAUGUAAAUCUAGCCUUAGGCAUUGGUAAAGUUAUUGUGAAUUAUAUUUUUAUCGAUAAUAUCGAUCAUGACAGUUAUGGAAGCAAAGCGAAAUAUUGUGAUUGAAAUGCCCUUUAGUGACUGAAAGGAUCUCAUUGUUGAUGUUUUUACUCUAUUAAUUCACAAUGGCAUGACUUAUUAGAUGUAAUAAGGUUUUCUCUCAUACCAGGGCCCAACUUUAAGGUCACCCUUCCAAGCCAGCUGACUACCAAAUUUAAUGUCAAAAGUACAUUAUUGUGAUUGACAUCGUAAACAAAUAGACAACAAAAUGUCAAAAUAAAUUUUGACAUUACACCUGGGCAAAUGUGAAAUGAAAACUUUUAAAAGGGAAAGAAAUGUCAAAUGAAAAAAUAAGGAUAAAAACAGCCAUGAGGCUAUGUCUUCCAAUUAUUGGUUUUGAAAAUAUUUUGUUCUUCUUUUUUCACAACAAUAAAUUCAUACACAAAAUUGGCAGAAGUCGGGCACACUUAGAAAAAAACUGUAAUCAGCUGGUAGCUCUACCUUACCUUUUUACUGUACCAUACCCCCAUCUUUCUAUGGAGGGUAUAUUAGCUUUGUCAUUCCGUUUGUAAGUCCUCGAAAUAUUCAUGAUAGACCCCACAAAAUAUAUAUAUUCUGGAUCAACGUAAAAUUCAAGAUGAUUAAGCGAUGCUCGUCUGUGUGUCUGCCUGUCCGUAUGUCUGUAGUAAUCACGCUAUCUUUCGAACAAAUUGAGAUAGAAGACUCAAAUUUUGCACACAUGUGUAUUUUGCCCGUAGACAGGCUAUGUUCAUAAAUGGGCCAUGUCAGCCCACAUCUUCAUAUAGCCCCCCAUAUAACGUUACCUCCAAAUAUUCGGUAUUUUGAUGUAUUUAGUGACAUUAUUCGCCGGAAUUGUUUCAAAUUUCGUAUUCGAAGUUUGUAAUGUGUUCUUCAGCCUAUUCUUAAAACUUUCGUAUGCAGGUUCACGUUUUCGUAUAGCCCACAUAUAACGUUACCUGCCAAUAUUCGGUAUUUUGAUGAUUUUAGCGACAUUAUUCGCCGGAAUUGUUUUAAAUUUCGUAUUCGAUGUUUGUAAUGGGUACUACAGCCUAUGCUUAAAAAUUUUGUAUGCAAGUCCAAGUCUUCGUAUAGCCCCCAUAUAAAGGUACCUCCCGAUAUUCGGUAUUUUGAUGAUUUUAGUGACAUUAUUCCCUGGAAUUGUUUCAAAUUUCGUAUUCGAAGUUUGUAAUGGGCAGUACACGUCUUCGUAUAGCUCCCCUUAUAAAGGUCAUCAUUGAAACGGUAUAUUUCGGAAUUUUUUGAAAAUUUUCAAGUUCCUUUCAAAUUGUGUAGGUAUUAGAAAUUCGGCCCGGCCAAACAGCCGCUUUUUUACUUGUUCUAUUUUUUAUAAUUUUUUAGAACAAAAAAUCCAGCCCAUGGCAAAUUUAAGAAGGUAAAGACAUUUCAACCAAUAAUAUCCAUCUCUGCAUUUUUUGUAAUUUUCCUCGUCAAAAUUUCACUGAAUAGAAAAAAGGUUUCCAUCUCUGAUUUGUGUAUACACAAUGGAUUUAUAAAUAUUCAUUUUGACAAUGAGAUGUUGUCAACAAAAAAAUUGCAAACAUAUGAUUAGAAGGUACAGUCAUACCUUCUUUAUUCUACCAUGAAUUUAACAUUCACAAUAAACUUAAUGCAUUUUUUCCAUAGCCAAAAUUAUUGUGAUUGUAUCAUAAUUAACGCGCAUAAAAUUUUUCCCGAAAAUUGUAUUUUCCAUCCAUCGUCCGAAAAAAAUCUCUUCUACCAAAAAUAAGAUUAUGUCAAAAGGGCUUUUCCGGACCUGCAAGAAUGUUAAAAUUUUUGCUUCGAUAACCGAUUUUCCCUUUAUGAUAUCGAAAAAAAUCCAAAACUGGUGGAAUCUUGCAGUUUCUGGAACAGAGAAAAAAUUGUCCCUUAUUUUCGAACACAACAAAUGUUGAAUACCUCAAAAAAAUGUUAUUCGGCCCAGUCGAAUAUUACAAAAAAAAAAAACACACACAUACACACGUAUUUCUGUAUCAUUUAUUUUUAAGAAAAUAAUAUUCCAUUAAUUAACCACAAAAAAUUGCAACAUUUACACAUAAAACAAAUUAUUUCAAAGUUAAGCCAAAAUAAUAAUGAUUUUGUAAAAUAUUUUUUAAUAAUAUUUAAAAUUAUUUAAAAAAAGGAAAUUUUAUGAUCAACUUUGAUGUCGAGAAAGGACAAGUUUUAUGUUUGUGUAUAAAAACAUUUAUUUGUUUUUAUGCCUAAGACAUCGGUAUCUUCCAAGUAUCCUCCCAAAACAGCUCGAAUCUCUUUGUAGAUAAACAAAACAUUUUGUAAUAUUUAAAACAUUCCUUAUUAAAAGAGUUGUUAUUUUUUCUACAGAAAUUGUAUCUCUUUUAUUACAAAACAAUUUCCUUAAUACUUCUUGCUCAAUUUAAUUUUAUACAAACUCUAUAUAAUCUUACAUAAAUAUAUAAACAUAUAAUAUACAUCUAUAUAUAUAAUAUUUUAUUUACACAAUAUCAUCAUCACACAUGAUAAACGAAAAGCUUUAGCUGUAUUUUAAAUUUUUAAGAAAUGAAAUGACGAAAGAAAAAAAACAAAUUAAUACU